CCCCAGGACCCAAAACUUCUCAUCAUUAAUCUCUAGCUAGCUAGACACUCACCUCAAUCAUGGAGUUGGUAGGCAAAAGUGGCGGCGAAGAAAGCACGAGGGAGCUUCUCGAAGCCCAGAUCCAAGUAUGGCACCACGCCUACAACUUCGUCACCUCCAUGGCGGUCAAAGCCGCCGUCGAGCUGGGCCUGCCGGAUGCCGUCCAGGCCCACGGCGGCCCCAUCUCCCUCCCGGAGCUCACCUCCGCAUUGGGCAUCCCCCAGCCCAAAGCCCAGCACUUCCACCGCCUGCUCCGCGUCAUCGUCAACUCCGGCUACCUCUCCCUCCACAAACCGCCACGGGGUCACGCAAAUGAUCAUCACCAGGAAGUCAGUCGUUACUCUCUGACGACCGCCGGCCGGCUCCUGACGCGGGACAACCCGUACAAGGCCGGCGCAUACCUCCGGAUGGUCAUGGCUCCGCUCCUCAUGGACCCGUACCAGUCGAUGGCCACGUGGCUGAAGAGCGACCGGGAGGGCACGACGCCGUUCUCGGAGGCCCACGGCGGCAGGGAGGCGUGGGAGUUCAUGGCGGCCGAGCCGGAGUUCGCCGGCCUGUUCAACGAAGCCAUGGGCGGGGACAGCCGCCUGAUCGCGGAGCUGGUGGUCAAGGACGGCAGGAACGCCUUCCAAGGCGUCCGGUCACUCGUCGACGUGGGCGGUGGGACCGGCUACCUCGCCAAGGCCAUCGCCGCCGCGUUCCCCCACGUGGAUUGCACCGUGCUCGACCUGCCACACGUCGUCUCCGGAUUGGGCGGAGGCGGCAACUUGAAGUACGUGGCGGGUGACAUGUUCGUCCACGUCCCCGAGGCCGACGCCGUCAUUCUCAAGUGGGUUCUGCACGACUGGAGCGACGAGGAGUGCGUGAGGAUUCUGGAGAAAGCGAAGGCGGCGGUGAGCAGCAAGGGGAGGUUGGGGAAGGUGAUGGUAAUCGAGAUGGUGGUGGGGAACCAGAGCCUGGACGAGAAGUCGGUGGGCGUGCAGUACGGGUUCGACAUGGGAAUGAUGAUCUCCGUGACGGGGAAGGAGAGGGACGAGGAGGAGCUGGCCAAGCUCUUCUUUCAAGCCGGCUUCACCAGCUACCACAUCAAUCCCAUUCUCGGCACCAGAGCUCUCAUCGAGGUCUACCCAUGACGUCAUGUGUGUUUUCAGAAUAAUUAAGCAUGGGCAAUUAUUAAUUAUGAUCAGGCAGCCCCGUUGUCGUCGUUAAUAUAUUGGAUUAGCUAGAGUGUUGUUGGUGUACGAGGAAGUAUUACCCCGUACGGUUCUUGUUCUGAAUAAUAAGUAUUUAUUGGCGACGACAUGGUAAGGUUAUUCUCUUGAUUUGAUGUGUUUUUCCCCACGCGUGAUAAUAAAAAGGGUAGGGU